AUGGAUAGUCCUGACUUUAAGAAAAUUUUAGAAGUUGCCAAAAAACAGAUAUUUGUUGCUGCAAAACGAGGAAAUAUCGAGUUUUUAAAAAUACUUAUUCGUGAAUAUCCUGAUUUAAUAUUCCACGUGGACAAUAAUAGGUAUAGCAUAUUCCACAUUGCUGUUAAGUAUCGGUACGUGGACAUCUUCAUACUCAUACAUGACAUAGGUUCAGUCAAAGAUUUUAUAGUUCCCUAUAAAGAUAACGAAGGCAACAAUAUCUUGCAUUUGGCUGUGAAGUUGGCACCAUUAGAUCGGCUCCAUAGCGUAUCAGGAGUAGCACUGCAAAUGCAGCGAGAAUUGAUGUGGUUUGAGGAAGUGAAAAAGCUUAUGAAUCCAUUGGAUGUUGAAGCUGAAGAUAGGGAUGGGAAUUCAGGGGAUUCUAAAGUUGAAAAUGGUCAAGAUGGAAAAACUCUUAGAGCUUUCUUUAGUCAGGAACACCAGAAAUUAAAGGAGGAGGGGGAGAAAUGGAUGAAGGACACGGCAAACUAUUGCAUGGUUGUGGCAGCACUUAUUAUCACUGUGGUUUUUGCUGCAGCUUUGGCUGUACCAGGUGGCACCAAUGACGAAACAGGGACUCCUCAUUUCCUUAAAAAAGUUUCUUUCAAAAUUUUUAUGGUAUCAGAUGCGAUGUCACUGGUAUUAUCCACUUAUUCCACAGGAAGUUUCUUAUCCAUUCUCACUUCUCGCUACGCAGAAGAAGAUUUCCUUGAGUCGUUGCCAAGAAAGUUGCCUGUUGGACUUGGAACACUUCUGUUAUCAAUAGCAGCAAUGAUGGUAGUGUUUUGUGCAGCUAUUUUUAUUCUCUUCAAAGAUGGAUUGGUAUGGAUUCCCAUUCUUGUUGCUGCAAUUGGUUCUUUGCCAGUAAUCUUCUUCAUUAUACAACAUGUGUGGCUCCUUAUUGAUGUGUGACGUUCAACCAAUGGGAGUAGCUCUAUCUUCAAGCCAGGGAAGGGUACUCUUUUCUCCUAAAACGGGAAGGCAAUGAAGUCUUAGAAGAGGACAAGCAAUGUCUGGUAUUUGAAAUGCAGUUGAGGGCAAUGAAUAAUGUCACAAUUCUAAAAUUUAUUGUAUUAUAACUUUUUGUAUGACAAAUAAGGGGUAAUUCUUAUUUUUACCCUUCAGUUUCCCUAUAUUAAAAUUUAAAAGUUCCAAGAAAGAAUCGAGGAUAGAUGCAUCUAUGCAUCAAAUGUGAAAGAAACAUUGAA